UUUUUAAUCUUGAAAACAUUUUCGUUGGAAUUUGCGAGUUUUUGUUAAAAAAAAUCGUGAAAAUGAAUGAAAAAUACUUUACAACACGACAAAAUCGCAAUGCAAUUGUGAAAAUCUUCAAAGCCACACCAAUAUCUGUGAAUUUCCAAGAAUUCGAAGUGCAGGAUCAACGACAAUUUCACGUUUGUGUCGAAAAAGCAAAUUCGCUGAAUUUAGUGCAAUUGCGCCUGAGUAGCAUCAGUGAUGAUUCCUGGAUGGCAAUUUCAACGGUAGACUGUGUAAUGUUUGAGAGAAUCAAGACAGAUCAGUCGCUUCAUGUGACGUACCAGGAAUUUGUGGAUCAUCUCAUAAAUAUCCUCGUUUCCUGCCGGAAAGGGGAAUUGUGUAUUUCACUGCAGAAGAGCGACAAUGUGACAUUUCUCCUGAACAUCUUUGAGCGAAGUUCCUUCAGGAAUUUAACUCACCUGUGUCUCCCAAUGGAGAAAGCGCCCCUUGAGACGGUGCUGUAUCACAUGAGUGAGAGAGCGGCUCAACUGCAGAACAACCUCUCGGGGCUUGGGAGUGAAAUCUCCGCGUUAAAGGAGGAAAUUUCCCGGAAGGAGGAACUCUGUGCGCGUCUUCAGGCAGAAGUGGCAAAAUUCCCGGAAAAGCUCGAGGAGCAGCGGAAGAAAACAUUGCAGGAGUCUUGUGCGGAAAUUGAGGACUUCAAGAGAGUCAUCAUGCAGCUGCAGAAGGAGAAGGUUUGCGAAGAGAAGCGAAUGCAGGAGAUUAAUUUGAGCAAUCUGGAGAAGAUGCAGCACAUGAAGGCUGAGAAUUCACGCCUCAAUCAAACACUCUCAGAGAAUUCCUCGAAGCUGGAAUCCUUGACAGCUGAAUUGGUGAAUCUCAAGGCUCACAAUCGUCGCCUUGUGGAGGAAAACACCCAACUCCACGAAGCAGCAAAUGAAGUGACCAACAAGACGCGCAAACAGGAUCUCAAUGCUCUGGAUCUCAAGCGACAGCUCAAGGAUCAACGAGAGAAAAUCUCCGUGUAUGAGAAACAAAUCUCCGAACUCACAGCAGAGCUGGAAGCUGAGAGAAGUCUCUGCAGGACAAAGAGGAAUUCCCUGGAAAUUGCCACAGAGGAGAAUAGCAAGGCCAAUUCCAUAAUCCUCAAGUUGAGGAAGAAGAAUGACACCCUGACGGAGAAAUUGUGCUCUGCCAGGGAAUUGGCUGGGCAGCAGGAGCGAAUUAUUGAGGAUAAAAGGAAGGAAAUUGAGAAAUUCAGUCAAAUUUUCCGGAAUAUUGAAGCAAAAAUGCAGGAAAACCGUGAAAAUGGAAAAGAUGUGGAGAAAACCUUGGCUGAUUUGCACGAUGCCGUGGAUGUAAUUGAGGAAAAGUACACCAGGAAGCUUGGAGAGCUCUCAAACAGACUUCCAGACAGCAACAACACACAGAGAAAUCAUCGAAUUUAAUAAAACAAACAUUUAAUCCUCA